UGCACUUGUGAGUCAAGGAGUUGUCACAGCUGUGGAAUAUUGAAACAAAAGUGUUUUUCAGAAAUAUUCAAACAUUUACCACCAGCAAAGACCACUGGAUUAUUUGUUAGACAAAAAGAUAAAGGAACACAGAAAUACUGGGAAUUGGGAACCAUGGGAUUACAGCAGGUUUGUGAGCAAUGUUUCACUGGAUUCUGUGACUAUGAAACUCCUAAGGUCAUUGUGGUUAAAAACCGGAACCUGGGACUCUUUUACAGAUGUGUUCAAUUGCUUAUCAUCUCCUACUUCAUAUGGUAUGUGUUUAUAACACAAAAAGCUUACCAGGACACAGACACAGGACCAGAGAGCUCUGUAAUCACUGAAGUCAGAGGAUCAUCCAAAUCAGAAUCUCCAAACUUAGGGCAAAAGAUCUGGGAUGUGGUAGAGUACGUGAAGCCACCUGAGGGAGAAGGCAUAGUUAGCAUCAUCACUCGGACAGAGACAACACCACAUCAAAGCCUUGGAACAUGUCCUGAGAGUGACCGAAUUCCAAAUUCAAGCUGCUCCUGCGAUGCAGAUUGUCCAGAAGGUGGAAAGAACAUGCUAGGAUAUGGAACUAAGACAGGGAGAUGUGUUCCUUAUUAUGAAGGAAACAAGAAGACCUGUGAAGUCUUUGCCUGGUGUCCAGUAGAGACAAAAGCUGCUAUAAGUGAAUCUUUACUUGAGUACUUGCCAGAGUUUACAGUCUACAUCAAGAACACAAUUCAUUUCCCAAAGUUUGGAUUUUUUAGAGGAAACAUCGAUGAGAGCAGAGGUGCUUACCAGAAAAUCUGUGAAUUUGAUGAUGUAGUCCACCUGUACUGCCCCAACUUUAAAAUCGGAGAUAUAGUCAGAAGAGCAGGCCAGAACCUAACUGAACUGGCACAUAAGGGAGGCAUACUAGGGAUAAUUAUAAACUGGAAUUGUAAUCUGGACCGUCCUCCCUCUCACUGCAAACCACAAUAUUCCUUUCGACGUCUGGAUCCCAGGAGUAAUCAGGUUAAUUCAGGCUACAGCUUCAGGUUUGCAAAGUACUACCGACUGAAAAACACAGAGUAUAGGACUUUCAUCAAAGUUUAUGGGAUUCGCAUUGAUGUGAUUGUCCAUGGGCAGGCUGGAAAGUUCAGCAUAAUUCCCACUAUUGUUAGUAUUGCAACAGCACUAACGUCUGUGGGUGUGGGCUCUUUCCUAUGUGACUGGAUUUUGCUGACCUUUAUGAACAAAAAUGCUGUCUACAGUGACAGGAAAUUUGAUGAGGUAGAAGAAUUAAAGGAAAGAAACAUGUCAAGUACAGUAGAUGAAAGCAGCACAUUUUCUUCUGGAUAUACACUGCAGGAACUGAAGACCUUUCCAAGCUUGGACACUUCUGACAGCUAAUAGCAUAACCUGGUGAUCUUCUUAUGUAGGGAGAGAGAAGGACUGCAAAAGGGAGGUGACUCUAUGCCUCAAGAGAAGCUGGGAAACACUGUAGGAGCUAUAUAUAUAUAUACAUAUGGCACCUUGACGUGUACCUGGUAUUGCUAAACAGAUGGACCUCAGAAAACUUGUUCAGGACCAGUCUGUAUUUUGAAUGUGACACUACAACCUCUCUAUAAAUCUGGCAUUAUGGCCCAUAUUAAAUGUCUGUAUUAUGCAUUCCUAGAAUGCACUGUCUACAACACCAAGAAAGGAGAAUGUUUCAGUAUAAUAUGAUACUAGAAGGGUUAGUUCAGAGUAAUGUAUUUUAAUGAGAAUUCUUUUGUUACUAUAAUAAUUAUAUGCUUCUUUGUCCUUGUGCUCAGGUAAUAUCCUCUUCAGACCAACUCAUAUUCUGCAUUUCACUCUUUUUUAUGUUUUCUUUCAUUGCAAUGGAUUUAUAAAACCAGCAUUUCAAACGAAGACUAAUACAAACCAUCAACUAUUGCUGUUUUGUUUGCCCUAAUAGGAAAAUGCAUUUUGGCAUGUCAAUGUAAUUGUCAUGGUUCUGUGUCAGGAGGUUAGUCUGAAUCAUUUUGAAGAUACCUAGGGUGUACAGAAUGAAACAAUUGGCCUGAAGAUUGAUGUUUACAGUACGGAAUUCAAUUAUGUUGCAUGUCAGGCAAGACAAUUUCAUAAACAUGUUAACUAAAAAGGUAAAAACUGU